UCUUGCUGCUGCCAGGUCCAGAGUGUCUCAUGGGGUCCCUGUACGGCCUCCCAUUGCUGCUGUCUCCAUCGCCACACUCUGCCAUGUGCCACUUUCCAGGUCUCCUCCACACUGCUGGUGGGUUCCAUUUUGUCAUAGGGUGCUGGCAGAUUACGGGCCUCCCAUUGCUGCUGCCAGGCCCGUUCGUAAUCUGCCAUGGGCCCCCGUACCGCCUCCUCAUGCUGCUGCCAGGUCCAGAGUGUGUCAUGGGUCCCUGUACGGCCUCCCAUUGCUGCUGUCUCCAUCGCCACACUCUGCCAUGUGCCACUUUCAGGUCUCCUCACACAUGCUGGUGGGUUCCAUUUUGU